AUGCCGAAAAAGACUGGGACCUUCAGGACACCAGCAGAAGUUAUGUUCGGAACUGCCAUUAAUGGGGACAUAAAUUCGUCACUUGAGGAAAUCUCGUCAGAGACUCGAGAAACCACAGAUUUAGAUACUAUUAGGAAAGAAGUAAAAGAUAAAAUUGAUAGUGAACAAGUUAAACAGAAGGCUUAUUACGAUAAGGAUAGGCGCCCUGCACACAUGUAUAAAGAAGCAAGCACCAACCUAGUGGGCAAGUUCACGCAGAGCGUCCGCCGGAUAGUACAAGACGUCAAGGAUGAAGGCACUUCAAGCGGGCAGACGAAAGAGGAGGUGAUAGAAACCAACGAGCGACUGCGCAACGUGCGCGUGCGCCUCGACGAGAACUACGACACGGCGAAGAAGGCGCUUGUCACGCUCAUGGCGCGCUACAGCGAGUCCAAGGCUCAGAGGAACGUCUUCACCAGAUACGCCAUGCUGAAGGCCAUGAUAAAGGACGUGAUCCGCCUGGAGACGCAGUACUGGUCGCUGGUGGAGAUCCCUCGGCAGGAGAAGGCGGAGACGGUGCCCGCGUUCGUGCUGCGAGCGUGCGCCAUCAUGGAGAAGACGCAGAAGUCUGGAGAAGGCGUGAAGACUUCCUCGAAGCUGGCCGAGGAAGCGGCUGACAGGCGCGAGCGGAUAGAACGACUCAAUGAUAUGACAACAUCCCAGAUUGAGGCGGAGAACACCCAGAUGACAAACGACCUCUACCGGCUGCUGAAGAAGUACACAGGGCUUAGGAACCUCAUCAGAGAGCUCAAGUCAGAGUACGUCAGCUCCAAGGUGUACCCGAUGUUCCCGCGGUACACCAUGUUGAAAGACAUGAUCAAGGACAUCAUGCACGACCCUGACUACAUGGAGGUAUGCCAUGAGGUGGACCCAUAGCGCGGGGUGCGCAAAUAGAUGAGGAGUUCGUUCACCGACCGCCAGAGGUCGUGUCGUCGUUAGGCUUGAAGCAAAGAUGGCGGACUGUCACUUCAAAUGCAACUGGAAAAUUAGAAUUUUAAUUAUGUUUUAGAAGCAAUAAUUUACCGAAAGAUGCGGCUUUUGUAUUCAGAAUAGAAAUCAUAAGGUAAUGCAAUAAUGUGAGCAAUUUCAGUGAGUAGGUAAUUAUUUGGCAAGAUGGUGAACUGAUUUCCUGAAAGUUAAAACUCUACACGUAAGGAUAAUUACAGAAACACGUUAAGAGAAAAAGAUCAUGUUCAUUGAACAGCCUGAGAAUGGAAUCACAUGCUUCGUAGAUGCUUUAGAAAAAGAAAACAUAUUAAUGUACCUACUGUCUAGCAGUUACUGCUACAAAUGACGCAAGAAUUUUCGAUCGUAUUUUAUGCUUCGGCUUUCUAUUGCAUGUUCUAAGCUUUGGUGAAACGCUUUCGUGUGUGCAUCAUUUGGAAAACUUAAAUCUUGUGAAGUUUUGUGUUUUUAAUUAUUUCGUUCGAAGAAGUUCGUUGGUUUUGAAGAUGACAGUUCGAUGGCGGUGGUAGGGACGAGUACUCAUUUAUUUUGCGCUACUUUGAUUGGACUGUAUCUUUAGUUGUAAGUUUAGAUUCGUAUUUAGUGUUAGUACUCGUCGUCAAUUCGAUGUCGUUUGUUUCCGUUGUACAUAUUACUUUCCUGUAUUACUAAGUUAUUUGAAGCCUAUUUUAUUGUUAAACUUGUCUAUAUUCCGAUAACUGACUGUCGUAGAAAAUUCUGUAUAGCAUUUAGAUUUAGUUCAGUCUUUGUAGUAUUUUUUCGUUUGCCUUGUCUUACUCGCCUCGCUUAUUUAUCGUCUUUGUAUUAUUAGAUUCUAGAUACAUAUCUACUGAAAACUAUCAUAUAUCAAAAGUACAUAUAAUAACUGAUCAUAUCUCUUUUCUAGUUUGACUGGAAUGUAUGUCUAUUUAUACUAUCACAUUAUACAUUUCUAAAACGCUUGUUAUUUGUGUAAUCUGUAACUUAGUAAAUGUGCAUUUGUAUGUAUGAUGAUGUUAUGCCAUUGAAUGUGUUCAAUGUUACAAGUAAAGUAAUAUUUAUAGCUCUUCUUGCUAGAAUUGUAUUGUUUAUGUACGAUCUAAAACCCAUACUAUUUUUGUAGUCUCUUUAGGAACUUUUGCGUUUGGUUUAAAGUUUCAAAAACUUUAUAUCUUUCCAUAAGUAUCCUCUUUUAAGAAGUCUUCAUCAUUUAAUUUCGAUAGCAAUAACGGUAUUUAUCUUAUAAAGCUUGGCGCUUCUUGUAAAAUGUCUGUUAGAUAUUUAUAAUCCCAAUUAGUAUAAAUUACUUAGAUAAGAAAAACAAAAUUGCAGUGCGUUGACGGAUUUGGGAAAAUCUAGAAAUCGCAUAAUUAUAAAUUAUACGUUUUAUGUAAAAAAUAAUUACUUUGUAUCGUUGGAAAUGUACAAACUGUGAUUAUAUUCGAAUUCUUUUGAUUACUAUGUCUUUUAGACAAUUAUUAAGGCAUACUUAGGGGAUAUAUCCUGCUUCUAAUGUAUGAAAACUCAUAAAUAACAAGUAAAAUACUUUAAGUAAAUUAAUUUCAGAUAAUUGCCAAAUUAUGUAAAUUAUUAUUCUAAAGUGUAAUGUAUACUUAAUGGUUAUUUAUUUAAAAUUGUUAAUAAGCUAAGCUUUGUGUAAUAAAUAUACAAUCAUGAAAGCAAAAUAGUGAGGCCGAUUUGGUAGAAUAGAUAACAUAGUGAUAUAUCAAUAUCACUUACAAUAGUAAUAGAUUUAUUGUUGUAAACGUAAAAAUAUAUAGAUAUGUACCCAAUUUUUUUGCUUACCAAAGUAGACAAUUUUAACACACUUUUUUCAGGACAAUUUUCGAUAAGAUGUAUUGUGUUAUUUCACAGAUCUAAAUACUUUAAUUGCUUAGUUCAAUAUAACACAUUUCCAUGCAGUACCUAACUUUAAACAAUUUAUUCAUACCUUUUAUACAUACCUACUUAGUUAUUUUACUUAUGAUUUAUAGUAUAGUAUACUUAAGAAAUCAUUUACCUAUAGCGGUGUUCCUUCCCACAUCCCACAUAGUAUUUGGUUUUGUUAUUUUAGAAAAAUAUUUACAUUAUAUGGAAUUAGAUAAUAAAAUUAAUCAAAAAGUAUAUAAUGUAGGUAAAUUAUAAAUGUCGAAUACUGCCAUCGUAUUAAGACGAAUAAAUAAAUGUAUUGUUAGUAUUAUGGAAAGACUUGACGUCUCUAGUCAGUAACGUAAGGUUUAAAGGUUUAAAGCAUUUUACAAUCAUGUUUAUUUAAUAAUUAAGUAAUACAUUCCUCAGUAUUCAAUAUAAUCCAUAUUAAGGUAAGUUCGCCUAACAAAACCUUAUAAUGUAUUAUUAUAAUUAUUAAUAGUCCCAUACUUUUACCAAACUCAGUAAAAUUUUUAAAAAAUGCGUGUAGAGUCACAGCUAGCUACGCUACAUUUUCAGGUGCAUUAUAUUACCUUAGCGUAAACUGACAAAGUAUGGGUAAUUUGGGAUAUAAUUUUGUCAAACUUAAUUUCCUUACCAAAAUCUUAGAGCUAACGUUAGAAUAAUCAAUCAACAGUCCAUUUUGAGGUUUUUGUCAUAAAAUAAAAUAACCUUAGGUAAAUGUUAACGAUGUUGCUUAUUGGUAGUUAUUAUGUCGUUAAAGUACUAUCGUAUAAUAUUCCAUAGGUAUUAUUAUUAUGUACUCUCAAAUGUAUUUGUUUAAGUAGAUAUAAUGCCGUAUACCUAUUCUAAUAAAUAAGUGAGUAGUGUCGUUGUUAGUGAUGAUUUGUCAAUUUUUAUUUCGUUUAUUUAACCAGUCCGAUCAUAAAAAUCUGUUUAAAAUUGACUGUGCACUAAAAAAUAAAGCAUAAAUAGGGUCCACCUUACCACUCGGUUUAUUUAAUUUACAUCGAUGACAUAAUAAUAAUCUGAUGUAUUCUAUUUCUUCUAUACUGCUUCUUCUUGUACCUAUUCUAUUUCUUCUGCUUCUUCUUCUUCUAUUAUUUAUUGCGAUUUUAAACAGAUCCUAAACGUAUAUUGUAGGAAUACCAACUAGUCAAAGUGAUAUUAUAACAUACCAAUCCUUACUACUAUACUUACUUAAAGCUCUUCUGAUCAGUUCUUUUGUUUUGCGUCUCUUUGUAUUUAACGGUUUCAUUUGACUGUCAUGAUUUAACUAGUAUACUUAUUUACUUACCAAAUUUUUUAACGAAAUAUUAAUCAUAGCUUUUCUUAGCACAAGCAACAAGUAGCAUCUACCAUCUAUCUCAAUGAAAAUUGAAAACUCGGUAAACUACAACACACAGCUAUAAAUUGUAAGAAAAACUGCUUAACUUUCGAAGACUUUUUCCAAUAUCUAUCAAUUCUGAAUGUACACCGCUUCUAUUACAUACAUAAUCAACUUUUUUAUGCUAAAGCUUAACAAACGUAAGUAAGACUUAAGUUAAUAGUCUAGAAAUGUAAUGUUGCUAACAAUAAAUUAAUAUUAAAUGGAUGCAAGGCAUUGUGUUAGAUGUAAAAUGUGUACCGAUGUGAUCUUUCGGAUAUUGUCUAAAACGCUUUGUUAC